UGAGGAAAGAACCUCCCACUUUGGAUUAACAGAAUGUCCUCUUUUUCCAAAAAACAAGCUGGACUUAUUUUGUUGUAGGUACAGGACAGUUUAACUGAGCACAUUUGUUACAGCACUGCAGCAGUGCUGUAGGCAGGGGGACGUGCCUUGAUACAUCAACCAGCAGGGACAAAUUUAAUUUCAAGGAGAAAUAUUGCUGCUUGGGAGAGGAGAUACCAAAGCCUUUAGGGCCCAGAGGAGAUACAGUACAAAGAGACAAAGUGAGACAGAAGUGUUAACAAGGGCUUCACAGCCAUGGAGGAGAGAGAAAACUACAGCAGCCUGCAGGAGUUCACUGAGGAGCCGACACCUGGAGGGAACAGGCUCAUUCUUGAACACGAUGACGGCUCACAGGGACUGAAGCGGGGGGUUGAGUGUUUGCGGAGUCAGACUUCUCUCCUGAUACUUAUUGGCUUUUUGGCCUCCAUCUGCGCCAACAUCGUACUCACUGUGCUCUUGAUUAGCAGGCCGGUGCAAGGUGCCCCCCUGGACUCCCCAUCUCUAGGCUUCAAACUGAACUCGAUGCAGAGACGUUACAUCCAGCUGUGUGAGAACUACACCGCCCUGGGACAGAGCUGUUCAAAGACAGUUAAGCAGUGCUCAGAGUGUCCUGACGGAUGGCGUCAAGUCGGGGAUCAGUGUUACCACUUCAGCAGUAACAAGCUGGACUGGCUGAAGAGCAGAGAUAGCUGUGCAGAGAUGGGCAGCCAUCUUGCCAUACUGCACACCAUGGAACAGCAUGACGAACUGGAAAAAGAAGCCAGGAGAGUUGGCGGAUUUGAUUACCACUUCUGGAUUGGCCUGUCUGAUAUAGAGAAGGAAGGAGACUGGAGAUGGGUGGACAACACAACAUUGCAACACAACUACUGGGAUCAGUUGAGCUCAGAGCCAAAUAACCACCAGUCAGGAGGAGCACAUGGAGAGGACUGUGCCACCUUAGACAGCCACGCAAAGACAUGGUUUGAUGUUCCUUGUGAACACAUUUAUAAACGGAUCUGCCAAAUGGAUGCCAUUCAGCUCAACUGAAUCCCCAUACAACUGAAAAUUCUGCACAACUGGGAAGUCUGGAAACUCUGUACAUUGUGUUGAUUGCUGUUCUACUGCAGUCUUUUUUUCAAGUAAAUCUAAAACAAAAAGCAUGACAUUAAAAGUGAACAUACAUUGUAGUAUUGCACUAAUUUUAGAUAGAGAAGGAAAUCAAUAUUUAAAUAAAUAAAAUUAAUGACUUUGAUAGACAAUGACAUAAGGUUACAGUUUUUGGAGUGUGUCCACUUACAAUGAAUGGGCCUAUUAUUAAAUGUAGUUAGAUAGAUAUUUUACCUGAAUGACUUUUAUUUGAAUGUCAGGUCAUCCAGGUCUGACAUUAGAAAAAGGUCUUUAUAUUGAAAAGUUGAAUGCCACAAAUACUGUGCUUACUACAUGUGUGAAGUUUGGGCAUGAUUAUUGUCUGUCUCUGCUGUUCAUAUUUGGUAGAGAUUUGUGCAAAUUCACAACUUAAAACUGAGCUGCAAAUUAUUUCAGAAAUAACAUUGUAGAUUUUAUUUUAGGUUGCUAUACCUUUCAUUAAUCUUGUUGUACCCUUGCACUAUGUCGGGCUUUCAAGACUAAAUGUAUGCCAAUAAAAUUGUCUUUUUUC